AUGAAGGAUCCUUCGCACGCCAUGGCUGCCACCACUUCCUCUUCGUCCCAUCCGUCGGCCGUCGAUGGAGGUGCGCCAAUUCCAUGGCUGCCGCUACCGCCAUCGUCGUCUUCAGCGGGCGCGUCAGCCAUGAUUGCAUCAGCGCCGAGCGAGCGCUGGGCAGCAACACUGCAGACGGUGCCCUACCUGCGCUCUAUCCUGGAGGGGCCGACGUGCACUGUGUACCGGCCGCCCACCGUGAUUCAGCUAAGCGAGGCUACGGGCUGCUCUGUCAGCAAGUUGGCUGGCGCAUACAGCGACCUACCCGCCAUCACGCUCAACAAAAUUAGGGCGACCGGUGAUCAGGAGGCGGCUGCCGCCGCCGCCGCCAGUCUCAACUCCGAUGGCUUCGAGUACCUGCAGCUGUCGCCGACAGACGACUCGUUGGAGAUGGCGGCCAAGGCACUGAUGGCGCGCCGUCCCGUGCCAGACGCGGAGGAGAUCUUCUGGGAGGCCGAAUACUGGGAGGUACUGCGGAGAGCCAAGCGUCAGGCACAAGAGAAGAAGGAGCGUCUCCGUGAGAAAAAACUGAAGCAGAGGGAGAAGAGAGCGGUGGUGGGAGCCAGCAACAGCAGCGUCGGGGUGCCGUCACCGAAGUUGGGCCAGGCAGCGACGCUGUCCUCCAUGAACUCACCCUCGUUCACCACGCCGCACAGUCGCCAGACUUCCCUUGGAGGGCCGUCGGGCGACUGCGGCGAUGUCUCGCCUGCCUACCUGCACACCCAGACGGCGGCGCAGCGCACUGCAAAGGGGCUACUGCGCCGGGCACGGUACAACGAGGCCCACAACCCGGUCCAGCGCGUGCUCGUGCGCACAGCCUCACUGUUGUCGCAGAGCAGCGCGACGCAGUCGGUGAUUCGCUGCCGCACCCGCCCGCGCCACGACUCUAUCACUUCCCAGCAAACGUUGUCUGGUGCACGCGGGUUUCAGUAUCCCCUGUCGUCCUUGGCGAGCGAAGACGGGCGAAGCGCAACCAGCGACUCUUUUAGGACCCUGCCCCCGCACGUCGUUCACAGCCAUCCGUCACGAGAGCAGCUGGCAGCCAGCCUGGAGCUCGACUUGUCCACAUACGGUGGGCCAGCCAACAUCGACAUCACCGCACGCUCCGGCCCGGCGUCAGCCGAGGCUGCAAAGGGCGACACCAUGACAGAUCGUGAAACGGGACAGUCACGCAACGAAGGUGGCUCGUCCCUCGCCCCACGCGACGCUGCGAGGAAGCGGCCAUCCACCACUUCGGCGACCGUGCCACCGGAAUCGUCGUCCUCUUUGCAAAUUUUGUCGAAUCGCUGUUCAAGCGAUCUUCGACGCGGUAAGACGAACAGCUUUCCCUCCGUUACCGCCUCUCUGAAGAGUUCGAUCGUGCACCGGGACUCCCCGACACGUGCGUCACUGAUCACCCCGACUGCCUUACCGGCUCUGGAGCCAUCUGCUCGGCAGCGCCCCCCGCCGUCACGAUUGCGGGGUGACAGUGACAAAGAACAGAAAUGCGGUCUACUGCUACCCCGCUCGAUGAGCGUGAUACAUAAGCCUGUGGAGAAGCAGCCUCCAGAGGCUGAGGGAGGGUGCGAGGAGCGUGGUGGUGGCUCGUCACCGAAGCCUCCGCUGCUCUCUCUCUUGGCGAUGCCUCGCAGGUCUGUUGGGCGGCCCUCGGCUGGCACAUUUUUCCUGACGGUGGACGGGCAGCCUAGGUUUCGGUGCACCACAGCACGGCCCUCGCCCGACUCCAGCAGUGCGCGAGCUACUAGCGGCGCCCCCUCACGCCCUUCGGGGAGCAUGCCCGGAAAGUUGUCUAAGUCUGCAUCCGGGUUUACCGUCACAGGCGAAUCGCGGAAGGCAAAGAGCGUGCUCGCAGCACCGCCUCUGGUAGUACGGGAAGCCACUGCCCCAGUCCCCACUAGCAGCAUCGGUGCACCUUCCGCCGCAGCUGACAUGAAGGUACGUAAAGACGUAGGCAAGCGAUUAGUGACCAGAGCCGACUUGAAACCCCUGCCCCUGCACCUGAAUGCAGUCCAGCCGCCACCCGGUCAUCGCUUGGAUUGCGCUUCUGCUCCAGACAAGGCCUUCCGUCUUUCCUCGAUGCCGCCUUGUACGACUACCGUGACAGCUGCGGCAUCGCCUGCACCACUGCAGUCUUCUUUCUCUUACUCGACCGCGCAGACAACGAUAGUGCCGCAGUCCGCGUCCAUGGCAGUGAUACGUGCACCAGCGCCCAAGCCGGUGCCAUCAGCAGGACCUGCCAUGCCACCGGCUAUCACCGUCAUAAGCACUGCGGGCCCCUCACCGUCGAGUAGCGUGACAACACGCAGGGCGGCAGCGACUCCGCCCUCAUCCUGUCCCUCGACUCAAGAGGCAUCUCUGUCACUGUGUUUUGGGCAGGCUGCGGCGGUUGUACGCCCCGCGUCAUCGACAGUCCCCAAAGACGGUGCUGAUGCAACGUCGUCCACAACGUCACGCGUGACCGUUGCCCCGCCUACAGCGGCGAAGCCGCCCUCCGCCGUCGCAAAACCGCUCAGGAAUGGCGAGACGCCGCUCGCAAGUCUCCAGAACACCACGGCGGCGGCGAGUGCAAAGGACACCAAGGGAGAAGAGGCAAAGCCACCUGCACAGGUGCCUAGCACUGCCUCGAAGGCUGACGUGACAUCCCCUCAGCCGAGCAACCACCGUGCUGAUGAGGAUGCGUCGGCACGUCCCUCUUCCUUGCCCACUCCUUCACCCGCUGCUGAUGCGGGAAGACACGCACACAACGUACCCGAGAGCCACGCGAAGGCUUUUUCGCUGCCUUCGAGAAAAGUCGAGGCGGCGGGCAGAUGCUGCGUCGUACUGUAG